AUGGUGACUAGUGCAGCAAUCAACGUGUACGCAGCAGCAGAAAUAGUCUUAUCAUUGCACAUCUCCAUAUCAAAUUUCAUCGUUCUCUGGGUUUACCUUUCGUCUGAUCACGUCCGCACCGUAACCAACACCUACAUAUUCUCGCUUGCAAUUACAGACUUCCUUGCUGGUACGGUGGGUAUACCACUGACCGUGUACUCAGUUGUGACCGGCGCCCCACAUUCUUUCGCGCCGUGUGUGGCGAUACAUUCGGUACUAUGUGUGCUGUGCACUAUUUCAACGUUCCAUCUACUGGCGAUCGCUGUGGACAAAUACAUGAGCAUAUGCUGCAAAAGCCAAAAAAUCAUAAAGCAAGUUGGCCGAAAUCAUCGUGCCGUUGUGCUCCUCGCCAGCGCAUGGAUCGUCGGCAGCCUUGUAGCGAUACUGCCGCUGCUCUGGUUUAGCCAUUUUCGCCCAGAAACGGAGCUUUUUUCCGGAGACUGCCGUUUUACAGAAGUUGUGGACUAUCGCUACCUAGUCUAUGUAAUCUUUUUUGGUACCAUCGUUCUGCCAACAUUCAUUUUCAUCUAUUGCUAUGCAAGCAUUUAUAGCCGCAUUCGAACUGAGGAGCAGCAGAUCAGGUGCCUUUUACGUGGUCGUGAGCGUGAACGACGUCUGCGCGGCCGAAGGAAAUUAAUCUCCAUAUUAUUGUUACUGGUACUAACAUAUGGUGUGUGCUGGUAUCCACUGUACACUAUCAAUACCAUCGAUAUGUUCUUUCCGGAACUGCACUCUGAUGCAACCAUAACACUAAGUGCAGUAGUACUUUCUCAUGUCUCAUGUGCGGUGAACCCAUUGAUUUAUGCUUAUGGUGUACCAGGAUUCAAGCAGGCUCUUCAAGCUUUCAUUAGGCGUAGUUCGGGCGACUGCGGCCGGCGACUCUUGAACAGGCCACCACUUAGUGGCAUCUUUUCAGAACAAUCCAAUUCGGUGAAGCAGUCCAGUACGAUUUCACCGAAAUAUUCAGGAGCGUUAAAUGGACUGGUGAAUCUGUACAGUCGCCAAGGAAUCAAACUGCCAAGAAAAAUUAGUGAACCCGUCCCACUUCGAGAUCCAGCGCAAGCGUACCGAAGAACUCAAAACCAGAACCGCUCCAAAUUUUACUCUCUUACAGAAACGGGAUCAGCCGCUCACGCUUCCAGUAAUAACACUUUUAUUAGCAUCUGUCAUCCGCUGACAAAGCUUUCGCUGCCUCCCCCUUCGGACAUUUGCUUAUUCGGAAAGCAAGUUAGUGGCGAUUUUUUUUCCUGUCACGUAAGACGCGCUAGCACACAUCUGCCAACCAUCGAAAUCAGCAGCUCGUAA